AGAUGCGUUUGUUUCCGAAAAGUGAACGUUUCACGAGUCAACAGCAACGUCUUUCGAGAAGUUCUAGGCACUGUUUAGAGACAUUUUUCCUUCUUUUAUCCGUCAUCCAAUGUUUUAAGUGAUGAAAUAACGUCGGUUAUCCUUUAUUUUCGAUAUUAGUGUUCAUAGUCGUAAUUAAGUAAUCGCUAGAUUACGAUAUAAGCUAAUAUGGGCGACGAAAGCCAUCCGAAAACUCUCUACGUCGGUAAUUUAGACGCAAGUGUGACGGAAGAAUUUCUGUGCGCGUUGUUCGGACAAAUAGGCGAGGUAAAAGGUUGUAAGAUAAUUCGUGAGCCCGGCAACGAUCCAUAUGCAUUUCUCGAGUUUACAAGUCAUUCGGCGGCAGCUACAGCCCUGGCCGCCAUGAAUAAACGAGUCUUCCUCGAGAAGGAAAUGAAGGUUAACUGGGCUACGAGUCCCGGCAAUCAGCCGAAAACGGAUACUAGUAAUCAUCACCACAUAUUCGUCGGUGAUCUGUCACCAGAAAUUGAAACUCAUAUACUACGAGAGGCUUUUGCGCCUUUCGGUGAGAUAUCAAACUGUCGGAUAGUCCGCGACCCACAAACGCUCAAAUCUAAAGGGUACGCUUUUGUAUCGUUCGUGAAGAAGGCAGACGCUGAGGCGGCAAUCCAAGCGAUGAACGGCCAAUGGUUGGGCUCGCGUUCUAUACGUACGAAUUGGUCGACUCGCAAACCUCCACCAAAUAGGCCAAACGAGGGUGCGCCGAGUAGCAAGCGAGCCAAGCAACCUACAUUUGACGAGGUUUAUAACCAGAGUUCACCGACCAACACAACGGUAUAUUGUGGAGGAUUCACAAGCAAUGUUAUCACUGAGGAGUUAAUGCAAAACACUUUCUCACAAUUUGGUCAGAUACAGGAUAUAAGAGUAUUCAGGGACAAAGGAUAUGCUUUCAUUAGGUUCACAACAAAAGAAGCGGCAGCGCAUGCAAUUGAAGCGACACAUAACACAGAAAUUAGUGGACACACAGUCAAAUGUUUCUGGGGCAAAGAGAAUGGAGGUGGUGACAACCAGAGUACGAAUAAUGCGCCCGCAGCGCCGGCGUCAAUGGGUGCACAAACGCAGUACCCCUAUCCAUAUCAACAAGGCAUGGGAUAUUGGUAUGCCCAGGGUUAUCCCGCUAUACAGGGUUAUAUGGCGCCCGGAUACUACCAGCAGUACCCCGCAGCGUAUAGCAACCCUCAAGCCGCCGCCGCGGCCGGGUACCGCAUGGGCAUGCCUGGCGGCGCAGGCGGCGCGGGCGGUGCGGGGGGCGCGGGCGCGGGGUGGGGCGCGGCGCCGCCCGUCAUGUACUCGGCCGCGCUGCCCUCGGCGCAGUACCCCUCGCAGUAGCCCCGCCGCUGGUCGCUACUGGUCGCUACCGCUCGCAACUGACCGCCACUGAUCGCAAACGGUCGCACGAUGUACACUGAUCGCACCCUCCACACCUUGCAUUACUUCUCGUACAUGCCAUAUUUAGUAAACUGUUUUAAUUGUAACGGAUAUGUACCGAUGUUGGGCCCCGAUCUCUUUAUAAGAGGAUUUAGAUGACCAUGUUGGUCAGGCUUGAUAUGGUAUUGUUUCGUGUUUCCCUUUAGUUGAACAAGCGUGUUUUUAAUUAUUCUCUGUUUCAUCUACUUAUUGAGGAUGAAAGGUAACGGUGACAUUUGUAAUUUUAAUAUUAUUUAUUAUAUUCCUACUCUAUCAUCACAAAGACGAUCUAACGAUUUAGUCAUUUAGAGAUAAGUAGACACAAAAAUUUAUGUACACAGUGAAAUACUUUUCUUAGUAUUUUGUUAGUAUUUUAUAUAAUGUUAUUUUGAUAACAUACAUCCCAUGUUUACUAAAUAUGUCACGUAUAAAAAACAAUACAUAUACAACGAGUCCAAUCACAACCUGUGCAGACGAACGACGAAGCAAUUCGUGUUCGUUAGCAUACAAUUUACGUCGUCUAUUAUGUACGAAAAUGUAUGCCGAAAUUUGUCUCUCGUCUGCACAGGUCCAUAGAUCAUUAAGCGGAUUAAAUCAACAUGUAUAUUUUGCUGCUUGUGAAACUCAAUCCAUUUCGUUUGUUUCGGCAAUCAAAGGCAAUCCUCAAAUAUUUUCAACACACUCACCUCAAACCAUUGACUGCCUAUACAUUUAAAUUAAUUCCUUUAUCGAAAUAAGGGAUGUCCUAUAACUGCAAUUUUGUGUCUCUUGUCUUACAAGCGGUAAAAUAUACGUACUUGAUUCAAAUAACUUGAAUAUAUAGAAGUUUUGACUUCCAUAUGUGCAACGAGAUAUAUUAGUCAGCACUGUCAAUACCCGGUCAGCGUUGACUUGUCUCGAUUUUGGAGUUAGUAAGUGAUCGAAUGUAAAUUACCUCAACUUAUUGUCAUGUCUUAGUACUGCCAAUAUCUGUAUUACUUAUCAUAUCAAAAUUCUAUUAUAAUUAAGCAACUAUAUAUACUUCUCAAUGAUAAGUUACCAAGUGCUCUUAUAGCGGACUAAAAUUAGUCGUAUUAAUGUAACUAAUAAUAAAAAAAUAUGCUAGAAAUAUAUUUGGAAAUUUCGUAAACAAAAUAUGAUACAGAGAUUUGUAGUGAUAGGUUUAUUGUAUAUUGUUUGGUUUUUUAGAUAGAAAAUACAGAUAUUGCCAAACUUUCAUGUAAAUAGGCAAACCUACUUCUGUAACACUUAGAGUUGAUUUUACCGAAGCUCACGAGUGGAGUGAAGCAACAUGUCUGUUGUUCAAUUCGACAUGAUUGUGGUAAAAUAAUCGACUCGAUGCCCUGAUUGACUACUUAAUGUAAGCAAUAGUUGCUACGUAUCUGUUUCUCUUAGUUUGUUAGAUAAUUUCAAGCAGUCAUUGCAGCAACUGAGAGAAUUUGUGCCGUUUGUUCCAAUGACCGGAAACUAGUAUCUCAAUUAGUUUCAUAUUUUAUUCUUUUGACACUAUAUUGAGUAUAGAAUACUUUACAACAUUGCAGUAAUUUAUUUUACACAAAUUUUAAACUCUAAUAGCAAUUAUCACUUUAUUUAUUGUUUCUUUGUUCAAUUAUCUACGGCGAUGGAACAACUACCUCAAUAGCGAUUCAAUUAAUACUAACAAUGAUCACUGUACAUCGUCGUGCCUCGUCAGCCGCGAGUCGAAAGUAUGUCCAUUAUGACUAGCGAAUUGUCAUCAGUACUUUACAAUAUUGUUAGCCAAGUCUCCAAGAGACCACAAGAAGUUGACAAUAUCGUAAGUAGUAACAACUACAACUCAAGGCGGGGCUGGACAGUCGGUAGCAACAGUGACAAGAAGUUUGUCGCCCGGCCGUCGCCCGGCCGUCGCCCGGCAGUCGCCCGGCCGUCGCCAGCGUCGCCGCCUGUCGCCCACAACGCUCGGACGGGCCUACGGCUCCCCGGAGUUAGUCGACCUACAUAGAUAGGACAUAAACAAAUAAAUUUUAAAUUUUUAAAAAAAGUUAUAAAUAUAUAGGGGGGGAGUAGUGUCGCGAGUGGCCUCGUGUACAUACGUUGAUAUUUAUUGGCGCCCUGCGCUGGCAGACUGAGUAUAUACCCCAGAACUCCUCACAAGACGCGCCAGACAGUUUAACCUAUUUAUAAUUAUUAAGUUCGGCACAUGUUGUUUUGUUUGACCUUGUUAUGAUUUAUUGUAUGGAAACACUGGUAAGUCAAUAAAGCAGUGGGUCUGGGACUACGGGUGUUUGAUUUACCAUUAUAUUACAACUGUAUUAUGUUUAUUUCUGGGUCCAAAGUUUUAUAUGAAACGAACACUCGGUUCGGCUCUGUGAUUCAAGUCUGCAAAUAUAUAUUAAUCGGACGGCGUUAAAAUUAUUGUAAAUUCUUAAAGGUCAUUUUGUAAAAGGAGAAAUAAAUAGUUUAAGUUUACAAUUA